AUGACGUCACUUCACGACAGUCUUCUUGAUGGAUACAAACCAGCAGUUCGGCCUGGGAGUGACUACUUGAAUCAGGCAGUUAAGUUAAACAUGACAUUUGGGUUGAAAAUAAUUAAAUCCUUUGAUGAACUUGACAGUCGAUUCUCUAUCGUUGGUCAUUUUACUAUAUCCUGGUAUGAUGAGCGGAUGACCUGGGAUCCCAGAAUUUAUGACGGUAUCUCGAUGGUGCAAUUUCACCUAAAGGACGUAUGGAUACCUCCACUGACGUACUCGAUAUCAUAUAACAAUGUUGACUUACUUGGAGAUCCGCUCAGCAUCCUGUCUUUUACUAACGGCGGUGAGGCUAACUGGGAACCAUCAAAUAUCUUUGAUACUGUUUGUAAUGCCGAUAUAUCAUAUUAUCCAUUCGAUAAUCAAACUUGUGAAUUGAGUGUUUUUGUCGUUGGAUACGACAGACGACACAUACAAUUACACAACAUGAACACUUAUGUUGGUUUGAAGUACUAUACCGAGAACCCGGUAUGGGAAUUGUUAGAUUGUAAAAUUAGUGUAGAUGCAGGUAUUUUAACGCUAAAGUUUUCUUUUAAAAGGCGAUCCGCGUUCAUCGUAGUAAAUCUGAUGCUACCCCUGCUGUCUCUGUGUAUACUCAACUUGUUUGUAUUCGUUCUGCCGGUAGAUUCCAAUGAACGGGUAGGGUUCUCCAUUACAAUAUUGUUGUCUAUAACUGUGUUCAUGUCCAUAGUUUCGGAUUUAUUGCCAAACGCAUCGUCACCAAGAAUUGCUAUAUUCUGUUAUCUACUGUUGUUAGAUGUGAUUAUUAGUGGUCUCAUCAGUAUCUGUACCAUUCUCAGCAUUAAACUGUACACUAAACCGAAAACGGAAGGUAUCCCUACUCUCCUGUUUACACUUCAAAAACGUUUCAAUGACAGGAAAACAGCAAUUGGCGUAGCUCCAAUCAGUCCACAUCUAUCAACUGUCACACUGGUAGGAACUAACGAUGUUGACGAAAACCUCGAUGGAACUAACGAUGGUGACAAAAAGGAGAGUAAAAUAGAAAAGGAUAUUCGUGGUGGUACGUCUUGGACAGACGUUGGACGUGCUUUUCGACAAAGUUUGUAUUUUUGUGUUUUCCUUUUUGCUGAUAACCGUUCAUGUCACCUUCUUUCUGAUCAUGACAGUGAGAUAGAUGUUUACAAAUACACAUCCACACAAGAAUUAUGUGUUCUACACAAACCAAUGUAG